AGUGAGGAUUGUCUGAGAGGAGAAACGGCUCAAAUGCAGUUUACAGCUGAACUCGUUCAUAUGCUGUGCUUAGUUUGUUAAACAACGGCGAGUGUUCAAGACGAUCGCUGCUAGUUCUGUAAAGAUAACAGCAGACUGCGAGGUUUUCAGUAUAGACAGUCUUCCCCAGAGCAUAAGAAAAGCCGCUGUGUUUGUAUUAAUGGAAGAGGCGAGAGUGAGACCCGUCUGUGAAAUGAAAGAAGAGAUGGAUAUCUGCGCAUCCUCCGCGUCUCUCCUUGAGGAAGAACUCGCCUCUGCUAUCGAGCCUGCAGUGAAAGCGGCUGUGCUGAGCGUCAUGUCUGCGUUAGCAAAGUUCGUGGACAGUAAAUGUGCAGUUUUCAAUCUCAGACUGGACCAAAGAGACCAAGAAUUUGAAAGCGUGAGAUUGCGAUUGGAAAUAGCGGAGAGCGAGUUGAAAGCCGUAAGCGAACGAGAAUACACGAACACUGCCGAGAACGCCACACAGUCUGUCACGAACACCAACGAACAGCACAUUGAUCUCAUUCAUCUACCGACAAGGCAGAAGGAAGGGCACCGGGUGAAACGCGUUUCAUUUUACACUGAGGAUGAAUCUGUAAAUCACGAAUUCAACGACAGUAUUAUUGCUCACGGCCUACCGGCGCGGGAUUUCACGACUCUUCCAGUUCAGCCAGUCAGGGAUCCGGUGCCUGCAGUCCACACCGCACUGAAAAACUCCCGGGUUUUAAUCCAGGAGGAUGGAAGCUAUUCCGAGCAGGACCUGCUGAUGCGAGGUGAUGACUCUGAACAGAGAGACCACACAAGCACAGCGGGGUGGAGAAGAGCACUGAAAGGUCCUGCAGAGAGAAAUGCUCUCCCUCAUGCUGAGGAAGGGUUGAAGGCAGAAUCAGUGCCCAUUCAAGAGGAGCUCUUUGACCAGGAAUGGUACAGGAGUCCAGAGCAGGCUCCAGAGAUGACAUCUAUUGAAGGUAUGCAACUGAACCCUGGACUUCAGCUUGUCCACAUUAAAGAGGAGGUUCUUGAAUUGGAAUGUGACCCCUCUGAAGAGGGGGCUUCUGACCACUUUGAAAGAUGCCAAAGAAUUCCGGUUGGACAAAACGUGUACCCGUGCACUCAAUGUGGGAAGAAUUUCAUACGGUCAGCAGAGCUGAAAAGGCAUGAGCGCGUUCACACAGGAGAGAAACCGUACCACUGUAUUGAAUGUGGGAAAAGUUUCACUCAUUCAGGAACGCUGACCUUACACCAGAGAAUUCACACAGGCGAGAAACCGUACAGCUGCACGGAGUGUGGGAAGAGUUUCAAACACACACACCACCUCACCACACACCAGCGCAUUCACACAGGAGAGAAACCCUUUCACUGCACUGAGUGUGAGAAGAGUUUCAUUGCAAAGGAAGAGCUGAAGAGACAUCUGCGCACUCACACAGGAGAGAAACCAUACCGCUGUGCUGAGUGUGGAAAGAGAUUCACCCAGUCAGGAACACUGACAAUACACCAGCGCAUUCACACAGGAGAGAGGCCGUAUCAGUGCCUUGAAUGUGGGAUGACUUUCCUUUGGUCAACAGACUUUAAAAGACACAAGCGAAUUCACCCUGAAAAGGACCAGCAUCCACUCUCUGCUCAAGAAACACACAGAGCUUAGACACGUUAUUAGGUCCACUGUGCUGGUGUAGCCCAAUAGGGAACCACUGAAAUGAACUUCAGAGCCUGAGCAGUAAUGCUGACAGUUUGUAGUUUACAGGGUUGAGAUAUAAUAAAACAGGAAGUGUCUGUGUCUGAGACAGGUGCAGGGGGCUCCUGUAUCGAAGGCUGUAUAUUGUGAGCCAUUUCUUUUGAUUUUUAUCCAACUUUGCUUAGACGUUUGGAAGUAGUAGUGGUAGUCCAGUGCACAUGUGAGUGAUAUGGGUUAACCGUUUGUUUGUAACAUCAUUGAUUAAACUUCUUAUUUGCAAGACAAGUGUUUAAAAUCAUUAGUAAUGUCCGCUGUGCAGUGCAGUUUCUUAUUAGUGCAACAACACAACAGCUAAUAACAGAUAUCAGGCUUAAAGAGCAAUGAAAGCAAGAGAGAACAGGUGGGUCUUGAGAGCUGAUUUAAAGCGCGUUAACCGCUUUGGAGUAUUUUUUUGUAAAUGUUUUGUCUAAGGAUGUUUUUUUUUCUUUGCUACGUGCAAUGCGCACAGGACGGCGAAGGAAAAAAACCUGACACGUAGUUUGCUUUGCUUGCGUUGUGCAGUACUUAAUUUAAACAAGAUUUUUUUUUUUUCUGUCCGUACUUGUCCGGUAUGCAUUGGCCCCUAAAAGAGGUGAAUAUAUCGGUGACCCCUCAAUUUCCCGGUUUCUGCGAAAUCGCAAUUUAGGUCGACCCCUAGUUAUCAGUGAUGUAAACAGAUGCACACCUACACCAUUGUUUUACAUCAAUAAAAUGACCUGCUUUAUGUACCAUGGUUAUGAAAAUCAAACAUCCAACCGUGCAUCUCCGUUUGUUAGUUUGUUAUUUGUAUGAAUUAAAGAACGGUCCGAUUUGAACAGUG